GUUCCGAAUAGGUUGCUUAUACUUAAGCUUACUCCUAUCGGACGUUUAUGUAUUUUUCUAAAGUAAAGGUUUCCUCUCGAGAUUAAUUGAUCAAUAAUUAGUUAAUAUCAAUUAAUCAUUAAUUGGUCUUUUAUUCUCGUUAGGUUUUUCCUCCGUUUCAAACGGUUGAACCGGCUGCCGCGGUCAGGGACUCAGUUCUCAGUCUUCUACGUUCUGUGUAUCUUCUGUAUUGCGAAUAUUUUUUGCAAUUUAUAAUUUUCUAAGAAAAUAAUUAACGUGUUAAUUAUCAAUAACAAUAAAAAAAAAUGAAACAAAAACUAAUGGAGGAACUAAAAAAAAUUGAGUCCCCUUUUACAACAUGGGAAUUGGAUGAAAUUAAAAAUGUCAUAAUUAGUCACGAUGAAGCAAGAACUCAUGAUGACGAAGAUUUUGUUCCAUUGUUAAAAUGGAUUCGUUUUUUGGUGGAAGUUUAUGAAUUUGUACAAAAAAAAACAUUAAAAGAUGCAAAAGAAUCUCUUAAAUUUGCUGAAGAAAUUUGGGAUUCCGUUAAAGAAAAACACAAGAAAAAUGUUUCUAUUGAAGUAUUGGAGAACAUUUACAAGGGUACAAAAUGUUUUUUGUUAAUGGAAGAGGAGGAGUUUAAUGAAAUUGACAAAAUUUUAAAAACCCUCAAUAAAAAUGUUGAUUAUGAUAAAAAUGAAAUCGACAGAAGUACAUUGAAUGGUUGCAAAGGUGUUGCAUGGUCAAAAUUUAAAGACGCAGGCGAUAUGGGAACUAAUAAAGCAUUAGAUUUUAUUGAUUUGGCAAUUAAAGAUAAUUCAAAUUGUGAUGUUUGGCAUUUUAUGUCAGGAAAAAAUUUACGACGUCAAAGACGUAAUAAAUAUUUUUUUUCUGAACCCACUGAAAAAGAAAUAUUUGAAUUAAAAAAAGCAUAUGAAUUAUCAAAAGAUCCAACUUAUGGAAUUUAUUUAGGGCAAAUGUAUAAGGAAGCAGGUAGAAAACCUGAAGCAGUAAAAAUAUAUAUAGAAAUUUAUGAAACCAAACCUGAAAGUGCAAAUAUUAAUUUGCGAUUGGCACUUGGUUUUAUAAGAACACGGAAUCUUCAAUCAGCCAAAGAAUGUUUGGAUUUUGCAGAAAAAAAAGUGCCUGAUGAUUCAAUGUUUCUACAUUACAAGGGAAUUUUUUUGGAAAAAUUAAAAGAAUAUCAAAAAGCUGCUGUCUAUUUUAAAAAAGCUUCAACUGGUCACAAUUAUGCGGCUGAAUGUUCUUAUUUAAAAUGUAAAGCCAAACUUGAAGAAACUGAUGAUUUCGUGAAUGAUAUAAAAAAAAUGUUGAUAACUUAUGAAAAUUAUGAAAGUAGAACAUUGGAUCUCACUCUACAAUUGGCUGCUUCUUAUUAUUUGUGUAAUCAUGAUAUUCCAAAUGCUGCAAAAUAUUAUUUGGAAGCACUUGAAAAGUCUCCCAAUAGUGCAGAAUUUAAGCGGCACGCUUGUUUUCUUCUCAGCGGUCAAAUUGAAGUUUAUAGAUAUCUUAAAACUGAUUUUUUGCCGAAAGCUUUAUCUAAUCUCAAUUUAGAUAGUGAGACAAAAGAAACUUGUAUGAAAAUAAAACAAAUCUGUACAGAUUAUUAUCAACAACAAAUGGAAAAGGCCAAAUUGGGUUUUCGUCAAUUGAAACUUUCGUAAAUUUAUUUACAUACUUCAUUGUAAUUGUUUUUUUUCAAGUUUUUUUAUAUAAUUUUUAUAAAAAAUGUAUUUUGAUUACGAGUUUAACAAACUAAAAUUAAGUUUAACAUUAUAUACUAAAUAUUAUGUUAUAAUAUAUUUUACUCUAAAAAGAGAUAAAGAGUUAUAUAUUAUAUAUUAUAUAAAAAAUUAUUUUGUGCAACAUUAUGCAACGAAAAGAUAAAAAUUUAUGUUUUUUUUUAUAAAAGUAUAACUGUAAAAGUUAUAAAAGUAUUCAUAUGCUAUACAUACUGUAUAUUGUAUAAUGCCAAAUAAAAACCAUUUUCCUUA